AUGUUGAAUUUCAGUGCAUCAUUCGAACUAAAAGGAGUAGUUGUUAAGCUGACGAAUCGCUGGUUUACAAUUUCUAUAAUUUUACCAGGGGUUGAAGUCAAAUUAGAGAAUGAUACUUUAUCAGAGGUCCUAAAAUUGGGCUCAUGGGUAAUUUUACACGCUACUGGAAAAGUUUAUGAGAUUGUACGACAAUGCAGUGAAGUGCUACCCACAUAUGUUUAUAAGGAUCUCGUUCUUCUUAAAACGAAUAUAUGUUUUCAAGAGAGAGGACAGGAGGGAUAUGGUCGCUGGGUUUGGUCGCCAGAGUUAGGGAGAAUUGCUGCUAUUUGCCACGAUAGAUACAAGCCAAAACAAAAUUACGUAGCGUUGGUGUCGAGCUCCCGAACAACUGUUUUCUUUGAUUUCCGGAAACCGACAAAGUACCAGUUUGUUAUCGAAUACAAUUGGAUGCUGACAAAAUAUAUUGAUGAACCUAGUGUCAACUUACAGUUCGAUGUCAUUUUCCAAGAACAUAGAAUUUGUAAUGGACGAAAAAAUCUUUUUAACAAGGGACAUAAAGUUCAUUGCAAUGAUAGCGGAGAUAAUUAUUUUGAGAGCACUGUGGAUGACGAGCAUUUUUUUUUCGAUGAUUUAGAAGUAAAGAAACAUGAAAAUUUGACCAGCAACAAUAUUUACGCUAUUAUAACGAAAGUGGUGUCAAAUCCAAACGUCAGACUAGCCAUGCAGAAAUAUCGACCUAAGGAACUAUUCAGUAUGUGUGAAGCUCUUAGUCUGAAGUCCAGUAAGUUAUUUAUUGGUCACUAUUAUAUGAUACUUUGUUAUUAA